AUGCGGAAGGCAGAGGCAGCAGCAGCAGCUGCUGCUGCUCCUCUUCUCGCAGCACUGCUGCUGCUGCUGCUGCAGGCCUGCUGCGGCUGCACUGCACACCAGCAGCUGCUGCACCCCCAGGCAGCAGCAGCAGCAGCAGCAGCAGCAGCAGAACCAGCACAGCCCGCAGCGCAGGCAUUCCUGCUGCGCCAGCCGCAGGGCUGCUGGCGCUUUAGCAGCAGCAGCAGCAGCAACAGCAGCAGCUGCUGCAGCAACAGCACUUUAGGGCCUCCUCGUGCUGCCUCCACUUUCACUUUGCUGCGGCCAGCUGCAGCAGCAGGGGAAGCAGCAGCUGCUGCUGCUAAUGUGUUCAGCUUCUUCUCAGUGCGAAGCUGGGGCCAGGUGCCAGCAGCAGCAGCAGCAGGAACAGCAGCAGCAGCAGCAGCAGCAGGUUCUGCUGCUGGGUCGCGCCCCAUUGCAGCGUGGGCAAGUCCAACGCUUCCGCCAGCAGCAGCAGCAGCAAGGACAGCAGCAGCAGCAGCUGCUGCUGCUGCUGCUGGGUAUCCAGCAGGAGGUGUACCAUCGAUGCAAGUGCUGCAGCAGAAGCAGCAGCAGAUGCAGGAGCAGCUUGAGCAGCUGCAGCAGCAGCAGCUGCGGCAGCAGCAUUUCCAGGAGCAGCAGGAGAUCCAGCAGCACCAGCAAAAGCUGGAGCUGCAGCAGCAGCAGCAGCAGCAGCACGAACAGCAGCAGCACGCACUGCAGCAGCAGCAGCAGCAGCAGCACGAACAGCAGCAGCCCGCACAGCAGCAGCAGCAGCAGCAGCAGCAGCAGCAGCAGCAGCAUUCGCGGUGGCUUGCUGCUGGACGCAGCUUCUGCGCGGGGGCCCUCACUUUCGGCUCUGUCUUUGUGUCUCGGCUGCAGCAGCAAAUUGCUUUUAAUGUUUCUUUGCUGCUGCUGCGGCUCUCCGCAGCAGUGCUUUGCUCUGCUGCUGCUGGGGCCCCACACUUGCUGCGCUGCGCUGCUGCCAACCCUGCUGCUGCUGCUGCUGCUGCUGCCACCGCCGCAGCAGCAGCAGCAGCAGCAGCCGUGGCUGCGGGCUCUGCGCUCAAGAGGAAGCAGCAGGGGGGGAAAGACGCGCCUGCUGCAGCAGCAGAAACGGAAGCACAAGCAGCAGCAGCAGCAGCAGCAGCAGCAGCAGCAGCAAGCAGCACAAGUCGGCCAGCAGCAGCACUGCUGCCUGUUAGCUUCUACCCCAGGGUACAGCUGGGGGCCCCCUUUGGGGCCAUUGGCUGGUGGGGAAAGGCCUGGGGGGCCCCCCAGGGGGGCCCCCCAGAGUCUUCUAAACCCAAAGCUGCUGCGCUGCAGCUGCGAGCUGAAGAGAGACUUGGGCUGCAGCUGGCAGCAGCAGCAGCUGCUGCUGUUGCUGUUUGGAGACUUGUGUCUUACUACAGGUGA